UCGAUGGCUCCAAGAGAGGGAGUAUGAAAUAAAUGUAAAAUUCUGUGGUAAAAUUACCCUGAAUUCAAAGUUGCUUGCAUGGGAUUUUUGUUCCGCCUCGGCUGCAUUGAAGAAUAAAUUCAAAUUAUAAAGACUAUUCGUUUGAUACAAAUGUUAUUCUUACAUUUAAAAUUUGGGAAUUGAACUCAACGAAAGGAUGUGUAGCGUGUCACAGUCACUAAUACCACCAGAUGAUGGAGAAAUCGCUGUUUGUGAGAGGAACGGGCACAUUAUAUAUGUGACAGAUCAGUCAAUAAUAGAUUCAUACAUGGAAGGUCAGGUAUCUACUUUCCCCUCCAUCAUAAUUAGUUCUGAAAGUUUACGUAGGACACCUGCUAUUGUUGGUGAAACUGCCAAAUCUGCAUUUUUAGAACAAAAAGAAACUACUGCACAAAGGUUUAAGACCGCAUGGUACAAUCUUGGAGUAGCUGGUGUGUUGGGUGAAAUAUGCAGUGAGGAAUCAAAUCAGAUUGUUUAUCCACUUGUUCAAAAUAUUUGUCAAUAUCUUCUUAUUGGAAUGAGAUGGAUUCGUGGAAUGAAUUUCACCUUAUUUCCUCAUUUGAAGCUCUCACAGGAAGCUCUUAUUGCAGAAUUUUCAAUGAAUAGAGAAUGGUCUACUAGUCCAAUACGAUUUUUGUCAUGGCACCCGAAAGCACACAAGCUCGCAAUAGCUCUUCUGGAUGACACCAUUAAAAUUCACUACACAAAUAUACCACUUGUUCCCAUUCUCAAACAUAAGCUGCAAAAGUAUGUAACCUGUGUAGAAUGGAAGCCUUUGUCAGCAUCAAUAUUGGCAGUUGGUUCCCAGACAGCAAUUCUAAUAUGGACAGUGGAGCCUUCAUCUUUUUCAACCAGACCGUCUGCUGGAGCUGUACAAGUACUUUCUUAUAGUGGACACAGUCCUGUUACUUCAUUGGCUUGGAGCCCUACCGGUGAUGACGUGCUUGUAGCAGUUUCUGCACUAAACACAGCAAUAGUGGUGUGGAAUACUAGCAUGGCUGAAUAUCAAGUUAUUCAACAUGUAACCACUUGUGGAGGGGUAUCAAGAGUCUUGUGGUCUCCUGAUGGGAGCAAAGUACUUGCUGCCACACCUUCUUCCUCAUUCCGUAUUUUUGAAACAGGAUUGUGGACUAAUGAGAGAUGGUCAAACUUAGCUGGGCGAGUUCAGUGUGCCUGCUGGAACCCAAAAGGAACGACAUUGCUUUUUGCAUUGACUGGUGAUUCACAUAUCUACUGUGUUAAAUUUUCAAACUCACAAAGUAUCGAUUCGCCAUCUGCAUCUGCUCAUGCCACAGUCGUUCUUGACUUGAAAUAUUUUGAUGAAAGUGCUGACAGUGACAGCGAAAGGCAAUCGCAGGAACCAACUAAAGCAAACUGCAUUCAUUCAAUGGUGUGGGAUGAGACUGGUCAAAGGGUUGCAAUUAUGUUUCAUAAAGAUGAUCCACGUCAACAUCUCAUAGCAUUAUUCAGCACUUCAGAAGACCCAGCGUUCAGUAUCACAGCAAAGGGCUUCCUUCAAGGCAAAGAGGGUGUCAGUCCAGUUUUCAUCGCUUUUAAACCCAAUUUUUACAUGGGUGCCUGUUUAACAGUGUGCUGGUCAAACGGAAGUGUUAGCUAUAUACCUAUCUAUAUUCCUGAUAUAAACAGCAUAACUAGUGACUUCAGAUUCAAAGCACCAAACCCAUAUGAAGCUAAUAGCAGUAUGCUUGGCUCUACUAAUCCGGACAGAAGUGGACUUUGGAGUUCGAUGGCGGAGGGAUCUGUUUUUGCAAGUCGCACAACUUUAAACUGAGAUGUCCACAUCAUAUAAAAAUUUAGUUGUGUCCUUGACUGAGAAUAUCGAUAAUCAAACAAGAUAGAACUUUGAGGUUUGAUAGAGAUUCUAUCUGGGUGUCAAAAAACUACAGAUGGAUUUUGACACAUUAUGUGACUGAUAUGGUCAAGAAAUGAAUGAAAGUUCCUCUGACUGCAACUUUCGUGCUAGGGGGAAGUGAAACUAGAGUGCAGUUGAAAUCUGACGAUUAAAUAAAAUCAUAAAUUGUAUAUUA